AUGGCCUGUGAUUUAUCUGAUCCAUCUAUUAUGAGAGCAUAUGAAAAAAUUAUCAGUAUGCAGGAUACUAUUAAUUGGUUUAUUCUCGGCUAUCAUGACACGCGGAAUAAGAUUUCCCUUUACUCGAAAGGUUCUGGUGGCCUCGAUGAAUUUGGUCAAAAUCUCAAAGAAAUAUUAAUCAUCCUAAUAGCUUGUGGUCUGGUUCAAGGCCGAGUUGUUGCAGCAUUAUUCAAGAUGCAUCAAAUGCAGACAACUCGUGAAGAAGUUUCAGAAAAUCAUGAAAAUCCACAAAUAAUAUUACCCACCGUAUAUCAUAAGGCAGCGAUCCCAUCACCAUCAACAUUGCAUAGUGAUAAUAAUGAAUCAGAGCAACAAAUUAAAGAUAAUUAUAAUG